GUGGAGAAUACAAUAGAUCAUCUGACAUGCAUGAACGAUUGGCACAGGCAGGUCGCGAUGAUUUAGGUCACAAACAAAAUGGCCCCAUGCUUUGAAGACGCAGGGAGCAGGCGGAGUUCCCCAGCUAACACUUCAUCUGCUGUGUACAUUUCACAGAUGUACACUAAAAGGUUUUGAGUUAUUAGAGCAGUUUACAGAAGACAACAUGCGUUCGUCGACACGAUCUCCUUAUUUUCCGCGACAUACCCGAUGGGAUAGGGCGACCGGGGAGCCAGGAGUCUUUUCACCGGGGCUCCGGCUGCAUGGAACCCGGCCCACACCCGCUCCCACAACACGCAGGCAGUCCGUGUCCUCGGUGCUUUCAGAGAUUUGUCACAAUCUACUAGCGAAAAAGCUUUUCAAGCCAAGGAAUAUUGUUUACUUGGUGAUAAGUUGUGCUACUUUCGUCAUGUUGGCCACUGCAAGUCUGAGCAAACGGCCACUCACGCCAAUCCACCUGCAACCAUUGGAUAUCGAGCUUUCCAAAAUGUCCCAUAGUACACCACGUGACAUCUAUCCAACCCCGCCAUUGGCUGAUGGGUGCAACCAAUCAGUAUCGGAAAGUUCGACAGAGUUCACGGCGAACGGCACGCGCAACUCCAACUCCUCCUCCAGCAAGUCAUUGGUCGAGCAAACCUCAGCUUCAUCCAAUCACAAGGCAGUGACGACAGGCGCAGAGCCGCGUCGAAUCGUCCUACUGGUCACCAACCAAGGCUUCUUGGACUUCACCGACAACUUGCUGCGGAGUAUCGAGAAAUCCGGCUGCCAUCCCAACAUCACCAUAGUGGCCGAGGACCAGGCGUCAUUCCAGAAUCUUUCCUCCCGUCAAGACGGGGGGCCACUCGUCAUCAAGCCGCCCGAUUUCAACAGCAGACCUCAGGAACAAGAUGCGCUGGAUUUCGGAGUGGUGGACUACGUAAAAUUUAUAAAUCGUCGUCCGAAAUACGUACUAGAUUUCAUUCAGCGGGGUUUUGAGGUGUUCUUCGUGGACAGCGACGCCUACUGGUUCAAGGACCCGAGCCCUUACUUCCAGGGUGACUUCGACGUCGCUUACGCGAAAGACUCACCCCAUGAUUUCAACGCUGGUGUUGGGUACUACAAACCUACGCCAAACACCGUGAAGUUCCUCGAGUUUUGGAUUCAACAAAUGACAGCUCAGGCCAAAUCGAAGAAGCCGAAAGCAGACCAGGACGUCAUGAAAAUGAUCAUACGCUCUAAACACAUACGUAAUCUACGGGUGAAGGGACUGAACCAAGAGAGUUUUCCUUGCGCAAAACAUUUCUCAAAGACGAACGAAUGCGACAAUUACACCUCUGAAUCGGCCGUCUUUCAUGCAGCCUAUUUGCCAGGACAUGACAAGAAAAAGGCGAUGUUUCAGCAGUGCAAUCUCUGGCUCUUAUAAAAAAAAUUAAAAAAAUUGUAGGGCCCCCCCCCCCUAGAAAAAAUUAAAAAUAAAACCAAAAAUCUAUUUUUAGGCACUCUGGGUGUUCCUUUCGAGUACAUGUAAUCUUUAAACUUUAUUAUUUUAGUGCUAAUCCGAUGGGAAUUUUAGAAUAAAGUGCGCCCUCUGCAAUUGAUAGGGUUAAAUUAAAGAUAUAUUAUUUUUUUAGAUUAGGGAAAAUUAAAAAAGUGGGCAAGAGGUUGGGUAGUUUACCUUUUAUUAAUACUGGUGUGAGGACGAUGAUGAAAUUGAAUUUUUUUUAACGAACUCGAGUUUUUAUUUCAAGAGUGUUUAUUCGUUUUUAAUUGAAGGCAAGCGUCGCAUCGGUACACAUUAAUUUUAAAUGCAAAUGAAGUUUAAACAUUUUCCUUUGUGAUAUGUGUUGUUAAUUGAUUCUCUAUUAAAUUGAAUGAACAUUUA